ACAAGGCGGCAAUCCAAUGGCAGCUGAAGUUCCACUGAUGCUUUCUGCAGAGAGAUCUCUUUGUCCCAAACUGCACAUCAGGAAUACCAGCAGACGCUAGAACAAACGUUUCAGCUGGAAAACAGAAAACACUGCAGCAUAUACAAAGCCAAAGGAUCCAGUUCUUUUUUUACUGGGGGGAAAUCUGAAAUCCUGUGCUCAUCAAAGAGAAGAGGAAAAUGAAGAGAAGAGGAAUCCUCCAUGGAAAGAGCUUUCAAACAUCAGGAAGGCAUAUAACACUUCUGAUAUUUUCAUCUUUGUUCUGUGGAGCAGUUUUGGAAGAGGUUAACUAUUCCAUCCCUGAGGAGAUGGCAAAGGGGUCUUUGGUGGGAAAUCUUGCCAAGGAUCUAGGACUGAAUGCCAGAGAACUGAAGAACAGAAACCUGCAUAUCAUUUCUGAAGGUAAAAAGCCAUAUUUCACUAUCAAUGCUGAAAAUGGAAACCUGUAUGUGAAUGAGAGGAUAGAUCGUGAGGGAAUGUGUAGAGAGAGCACACACUGCCUUAUAGAUUUUGAAGCUGUGGUUGAAAAUCCAUUGAAUGUUUUCCAUGUAAGUGUAGCAAUUCAGGACAUUAAUGAUAAUGCCCCACAAUUCUUAGAAGCCAAUAUUAGACUGGAAAUAAUUGAAUCCACAUUGCCAGGUGCUAGAUUUCUUCUUGGGAAAGCUGAAGAUCCUGAUAUUGGGAUUAAUUCUCUCCAGAAUUAUCAGUUAAACCUAAAUCAGUUCUUUGUAUUAGAAAUUAAACACAGUCUAGAUGGCCAUAAAAAUGCAGAGUUGGUCCUACAAAAACCUUUGGAUCGGGAAAGUGAGCACUCGCUUCAGUUGAUCCUCACGGCUCUUGAUGGAGGUGAACCCAAAAAAACUGGGACUGCCCAGAUAUUGAUUAACGUCACAGAUGCCAAUGACAACCCACCAGUCUUCACUCAAGAGGUUUAUACAGUUAGCCUGAGGGAAAAUUCCCCUGUGGGGUCCUCCAUACUCGAAGUAAAAGCCUCUGAUAGGGAUGAAGGUUCAAAUAGUCAGAUCCAUUACACAUUCAGUAAAGUCCCAGAAAAAGUGUAUGAGAAAUUUAGACUAGAUCCACAAAGUGGAACAAUUACAAUUAAGGCGACCUUUGACUUUGAGGAAACAGAGAAGUACACAAUGGCAGUUGAAGCAAGAGAUGGAGGUGGAUUAGUGGCUCACUCUAAUGUUGAUAUAAAGAUUAUAGAUGAGAAUGACAAUGCUCCAGAAAUUAUUCUAGCCUCCUUAUCUUCUCCAAUUCCCGAAGAUUCUGUUUCUGGAACAGUAAUAGCUCUCAUCAACGUAAAGGAUAGAGAUUCUGGAGAAAAUGGAAAGCUGACCUGCCACUUACAAAGUAAUGUACCAUUUAAAAUAGCAUCUGUAUCUAAGAACUACUACAAAAUCCUUACAGACAGUCCUUUGGACAGAGAAAAAGCCUCAGAAUACAACAUCACAAUCACGGCCACCGACAAAGGUAGCCCCCCUCUCUCCUCCAACAAAACUAUCUCCCUGCAGAUUUCAGAUAUCAAUGACAACCCCCCUGCCUUUCAAAAAUCAACCUACAGUGUCUUUGUACCUGAAAACAAUCCCUCGGGUGCCUCCAUUUUCUCCAUCAAAGCCUUGGACCCAGAUCUGGACCGCAACUCACGUAUCACUUACUCCAUCCUCAACAGCAACAUGGAGGAGCUGCCUCUCUCCUCUUACGUCUCCAUCAACUCUGAGACAGGAACUAUCUAUGCACAGCGCUCCUUUGACUAUGAGCAAUUCCGGGAGUUUCAGAUCCAAGUGAAGGCCCAAGAUGGCGGCUCUCCCUCUCUCAGCAACAACGCCACCGUGUGGGUGUACAUUUUGGAUCAGAACGAUAACAGUCCUCGCAUUCUGUAUCCUCUCCCGGGUGUUGAGGGCACUGCCUUGUUUGAGAUGGUUCCUCACUCGGCAGAGCCAGGCUACCUAGUGACCAAAGUGGUGGCUGUGGACGCGGACUCUGGGCACAAUGCCUGGCUCUCCUACCAAGUGCUGCAGGCCACGGAGCCGGCCCUCUUCACCAUUGGGACCCACACGGGAGAGAUCAGGACGUCACGAGCCCUUCUGGAGAAAGAUGCUGUGAAACAGAAGCUGGUCAUCCUGGUGAAGGACAAUGGGAAGGCUCCACUCUCAGCUACUGUGGUCCUCAACCUCGUGGUUGCUGAGAACUUCCAAGAGGCACUUCCAGAAAUGACUAGGCAAUCCAGUGACACAGAACAUCAUUCUGACCUCCAGUUUUACUUGGUGCUGGCUUUGGCAUUGAUCUCAUUUUUAUUCCUCCUGACGGUGAUACUGGUCAUUGUCAUGAAACUUCGACAAUCAGGAAAUCCCAAAUUAUUCCAAUGCUUUGAACCUAAUGCUUUUUCUAAGGCACAGGUCAUAUUUCCACCAAACUAUGAAGAAGGAACUUUACCUUAUUCCUACCAACUCUGCCUAUCGUCAGAGAUGAGGAAAGAGCAGAUCUCUUUCCCGAAACCCCAUAUCCAGGUGGCAGAAAACUUGCUAUGCAAUGAUAGCUCUCAGGUGGUUCUUGUGGAUGGCAACUGUGGGGAUGCCAAUGCCAAAGAGGAGGUUGGUGAGCAGGUAAGCUUUGCUUUCAGAAACAGCCUUACCGUAAAGGAAUAAAACUCAUUUUUUUAUUUUGUUUUACUAUAUAAGGGUGUCAGCAAAAUCAAAUUACAGUAUUAGCAGCAGUUGUUCUGAUAGUGAAGAACUUUUCCUACAAGUACCUUUUAAAUUGCAAUGGUAGACACAGAAUAAAUUCUGAAUCAUACAAUAAUGGCAGAGUGAGUCUUCAUCUCUGGAAUUAAAGGAAAUGUAAGCAUGCAUACAGCUUGAGUGUUCAAUCUUCCUGUGGGGUAUUAUCAUGUCACCAUAAAUAUAUAGUUAUUUAUACAUCCCUCAUCAAUUAAAAAUAAGUAUUUGUACUUUUUCACUCACACAAAGCACAGUUUAUUUGUCCUGUUAUGAUCAACUUAACUGAAGAAUGCAUAAAACAUGAAUGCUUCCUGUUUAUUUGUAGUAUAAUUUUGGGCUGAGUGUGGCUUCUCUAGAGGAUUCAUAAAAAGAAGUUGUGUGAAAUAACAGCAACCACAGAAAAAGGCGUCCCAAAUGAUCCAUGGGUGCAACAACUUCUGUAGGGAUAUUUAGUUUAGAUAAAAUAAAUUACAAGAAGGGAAGUGAGACAGCUGUAUAGAAUUAUGAACGAGGUUGAGAAAAUGAAUAGAGAGAUCCCUCUCCCCCAUAUUACCGGAGCCUGUGGCCAUUGGGUGAAGCUGAACAUUGGGAGAUUCAGAACAGAUAAAGGGAAGACCUUCUUCAUACAAUGCAUAGUUAAACUAUGGAAUUCCUUGUUGACAACUAAAUGCAACAAAGUAAUUGCCAGAGAAGUCUGGGACAUCAGAUCAGUGAAAAUGGAU